AGAACUGCAAACGCUCCUCUCAGAAAAUAAAAUAGAAUAACACCAUGUCGAUGCUUAAAGUCGUUGCGACGCUUUUAUUGCUGGUCCUCGGCGGCGCCGUCCUCCUCCGCUGGAUGCAGGGCAGGCACGCCAGCGAGUGGGAGGACGGCGUCGGCAACAACGGGGACAGCAAGCGCGGCAAGAAGAACGGCCAUCGCAAGGCGCAUCGAGGACGCGCGCCCGCGCAGGGCGACAGCAACGGCGGCGACUCCGCAGACGAGGAAGACGUCUCGGACGCCGACAACGCGGCGGCAUCGGUCGCUGGCGGUCGUGGAGGCCUACAGCCAAACGCCGGCCGCGGCGUUGGAGGUGGUUUACGCCGGCGUGGCCAGCGCGGUGCACGCGGGCUCGGCGCAACUGCGGAGCCGCACGACGACGCGGACGGGGAAGACGACGACGCGUACGACGAGCACGGGGUCAAGCUGACGCGCCUGCAGCGCAAAAAGCUGGCAAAGGAGCGGGAGCGAGCGGAGCGGCGGCAGGCGCAGGAGGCCGCGUUGGAGGCGCAGCGGGAGCGAUCGGACGAGACGACACUUCGAGCGGCGGAGGCGGAGCUGCGAGAAGAGGAGCUUCACGCCGCCGAGGAAUCCGCCCUGCGACAGCUGCGCGCGGACAAGGAGAGGGCCGACAACGAGGAGUACGCGAAAUGGGUGGGCCACAUCGGUGUGGAGGAGCGCGGCGAACUCGGCGAUGAAGCGCGCGAGCGGCAGACGCGUGUGCAGGCUUUCCUGCUUGAGCGUGCGGCGCAGGUGCAAGCACGUGCACGACGCAGUUCCGCCGCUGUUGCGGCCACUUGUGAGCCGCACGGGUCAAGCGAGGCACACAAGGAGGAGGAGGAAGAAGGAAAGGACAAGGAGAAGGAGGGUCACGUGUUGGUGCUGCAGGCGGCCGCGCGGGAGUUAAAGGUCUCUGUGGAGGAGCUGGUCACCACGAUUGAGCAGCUGACGCGCGAGGGGAAGGUGGACGGUGUGUUUGAUGAUCGCGGGAAGUACGUUUUUAUUGCCCCGGAGCACUUCCCGCAGCUGGCGCAGUUCCUGCGUCUGCGUGGGCGGGUGUCCGUGCAGGAGUUUACGCGGGAGUGCAACCGCGUAGUGAUGCAGGCGUGA